AUGAAACUCACCAAGAAGACUACUACCGACUCUGCUACAAUUGGAGAUGCUCUGUCUACUUCUUCUUCGAGCGUUGAGCGGGACGAUCACUCGUGCGGCCAAUACAAAGACAACCUGACAUGGGCUUAUUGCGACCCGGGACGAUGUUGUAGUAAGUACUAUUACUGCGGCGACACUGUCUUUCACUGUAACAAUCCUUACUGUUGGUACCAGUGUCAUCAGGUUCCUUCUCCUCCUCCUCCUCCUCCUGAUGAUGAAACGGGAGGAGUAAUCACCCGUCUCGUUAACGCGACGCGCAAUAACAACUAUAUGAAUUUGAAUCUUGGUGGUGGUGAUCAUCAUGAUGACCAGCUCGUCAAAGUGGCCGCCGACAAUGCUUCUUCUUCUUCUUCCUCUUCCUCGCCGUCGUCGUUCUUCUUAUCAUGUGCAAGGUCUCUCUCCCGCAUGUCGUUAGCUUCUCGUUACAAGUAUCCUUUCGCUGCUCUGCGUGUUCCGCGGGCUCAAAACAACAUUACUGCUGCUCAUUGCGGUCGAUGCUUGAAGGUUACAAAUCUUGGCCGAGUUGGAGGACUUCAUAGUCAAGUGAAAGUUCGUAUUGUUGACGAACCUAGUAACGAGGGACUUGAGUUGGAUCCUAAUACUUUCAAGCAACUUGACACCGAUGGAUAUGGAUUUACUAAAGGCCACCUUUUGGUCAAGUAUCAAUUUGAGAGUUGUUGA